UCAGAAAUCCCCCGAACCAAACACACCCUUUUAAGAGAUUGGCCUUCUCUUUCUCUUCUCUUAUCUCUGACACUACAUUUUCUCCAAAACUCAACUUAUGAAUCUCAAACUACAACAACUGCAACAACAACAACAACCGACAACAUCAUCGUCACUAUCAAUGACAACAUUUUCAACUGAAUUCUUGUCACACACUCUCAAUUUCAGAAACCACCCAAACCGCACCUCUCGCCACUCAAAUCCAAACUCUAUCGUCACUUCCUCAACCCCACUUCUAAACGAAGGCAACACUAAUAAUAAUCGAAGAACACCAAUCAACCGAGAACAAUUCAGGGUCAAUGAAACAAGGCCAAAACUUGUUCAAAAUUGCGCCUUUCGAGACACCAAUUCCAUCAAAGCUCUCAACAAGUCAUGCAAAUCAGGUAAACACGAUGAGUCUCUCUACUUACUUCAGCGAAUGGUUAAUAGGGGUUAUAAACCUGAUGUUAUUCUUUGCACAAAAUUGAUUAAGGGUUUAUUCAAUUCUAAGAAAAUCGAGAAAGCUAUUCAAGUUAUGGAGAUUUUGGAAAAACACGGUGAGCCUGAUGUUUUCGCUUAUAAUGCUGUUCUAAAUGGGUUUUGUAAAGCUGAUAGAGUUGAUGCUGCUAAUAAGGUGCUUGAUAAAAUGAAAAAGAGAGGUUUUUUUCCUAAUGUUGUUGCUUAUAAUAUUCUUAUUGGGAAUCUUUGUGGGAAGGGUAAACUUGAUUUGGCUUUAAGAGUUAUGGAUCAGUUGUUGAAAGAUAAUUGUAGGCCAGAUGUUGUAACUUAUAAUAAUCUGAUUGAAGCAACUAUUAUCGAAGGUGGUAUCGACGAAGCUAUGAAGCUUUUGGAUGAGAUGUUGUCGAGAGGGCUUCGACCUAAUGCGAGUACUUACAAUGUUGUUGUUAAUGGUAUGUGUAGAGAAGGGUUGUUGGAUAGAACUUUUGAGUAUUUGGAUAAAAUGAUAUCAGAUGGUCGUUUGCCUGAUAUUAGUUGCUAUGACUCGAUCUUGGCUUCUCUGUGUAAGAAUGGACAUGUUGGUGAAGCUUUGCACAUCUUUAAGAAGCUCAGUGAAGUGGGCUGUCCUCCAGAUGCAAGUUCUUAUAAUACAUUGUUUGGUGCAUUGUGGAGCAGUGGCAAUGAAAUUAGAGCGUUAUGGAUGAUUCUAGAGAUGUUAAGCAAAGGCAUUGAUCCUAAUGAGAUCACCUAUAAUUCACUUAUUUCUCGCUUGUGCAAAGAUGGAUUGGUGGAUCAGGCAAUUGAGUUGCUGGUUGACAUGAUGGAGAGUCGCAAGUUUCAGCCUACUGUUAUUAGUUACAAUGCUGUUAUUCGUGGAUUGUGCAAGGUGCAAAGAGUCAUAGAUGCUAUUGAGGUGCUUGCUGCUAUGAAUCAGAGAGGAUGCUUGCCAAAUGAAACAACCUACACAUUGUUGAUUCGAGGGAUUGGUAUUGGAGGAUGGCGAAAUGACGCUAUGGAGUUGGCUAACUCACUUGUUAACAUGGAUGCUAUUUCGCAAGAUUCAUUCAAACGUUUGAAUAAAACGUUUCUUGCGAAUGAUGCGCACAACGAGCUCGCAAUAUCAGAAUGAACUAACUUCAUGGGCAUAAAAUUUAUUCAGGUUAUUGAAGUUUACACAAAUAUCAAAUGGAUGGUUACUUCUGACAACUAUAAUGUGGCUACUAAAACUCCACUGCCUCAGUUGAUGAACGAUGCGAUGAUCGUGGCAAAGCAGAAGGAUUUCGAUGUUUUCAGUGCC